UUGAUGACGCGCUGGGAGCUGCGACGCGUUGCUCUGUGUCUCUGUCCCUCCCAGGCUUGAAUGCGGCCGGGCCCGGGCUGGCUUGUGCUCCCCGCUUCCCGGGCCGGGCUCCCCGCAAGGCGAAGGGGCCCCAUGUGAGGAAGACGGAGACGGGAAGAUGACCUCGAGGAGAUGGUUUCACCCAAACAUCACUGGUGUGGAGGCAGAGAACCUGCUCCUGACCCGAGGCGUUGAUGGCAGCUUCCUGGCCCGGCCCAGCAAAAGCAACCCGGGCGAUUUCACCCUUUCUGUUCGGCGGAAUGGAGCGGUCACCCACAUCAAGAUCCAGAAUACGGGCGACUACUACGACCUCUAUGGAGGGGAAAAGUUUGCCACCUUGGCUGAGUUGGUCCAGUAUUACAUGGAACAUCACGGGCAGCUCAAGGAGAAGAAUGGCGACGUGAUUGAGCUGAAGUAUCCACUCAACUGUGCCGACCCCACGUCCGAAAGGUGGUUCCACGGCCAUCUUUCUGGAAAAGAAGCGGAGAAGCUGUUAACGGAAAAAGGGAAACACGGGAGCUUUCUCGUCCGCGAGAGCCAGAGCCACCCUGGGGACUUUGUCCUUUCUGUCCGGACGGGGGACGAUAAAGGAGAGAGCAAUGAUGGGAAAUCCAAAGUGACGCACGUCAUGAUCCGGUGCCAGGACAUGAAGUACGACGUCGGAGGAGGGGAGAAGUUUGACUCCUUGACGGACCUGGUGGAGCAUUACAAGAAGAACCCCAUGGUCGAAACUCUGGGGACCGUCCUCCAGCUGAAGCAGCCCCUCAACACCACCCGCAUCAACGCAGCCGAGAUCGAGAGCCGCGUGCGAGAGCUGAGCAAGCUGGCGGAGACCACGGACAAAGUGAAGCAGGGCUUUUGGGAAGAGUUUGAGACUCUCCAGCAGCAAGAGUGCAAACUCCUGUACAGCCGUAAGGAGGGCCAGCGGCAGGAGAAUAAGAACAAGAACCGAUACAAGAACAUUUUGCCCUUUGACCACACCAGAGUUGUCCUUCAUGACGGUGAUCCGAAUGAGCUGGUUUCCGAUUAUAUAAACGCCAAUAUCAUCAUGAUGUCUGGUGGGUGCCAGGUUGCGGGAGGCUGGAGUGGAAAAUCCCAAUCUCGAUGGACCGAUGGCUGGACUCUCACAAAGCCGGAGUUUGAAGCCAAGUGCAACAACACGAAGCCCAAGAAAAGCUACAUCGCCACCCAAGGCUGCCUGCAGAACACCGUGAACGACUUCUGGAGGAUGGUGUUUCAGGAGAACUCCCGCGUGAUCGUCAUGACGACGAAGGAGGUCGAGCGGGGAAAGAGCAAGUGCGUGAAAUACUGGCCGGACGAGCACGCGCUCAAGGAGUACGGCGUGAUGCGCGUCCGGAACGUCAAGGAGAGCGCGGCUCACGACUACACGUUGCGCGAACUCAAGCUCUCGAAGGUUGGGCAGGGCAACACUGAGCGAACAGUCUGGCAGUAUCACUUCCGAACCUGGCCUGACCACGGCGUCCCCAGUGACCCUGGCGGAGUCCUGGAUUUCUUAGAAGAAGUUCACCACAAGCAGGAGAACAUCUCGGAUGCCGGUCCAGUCGUGGUCCAUUGCAGUGCCGGAAUCGGCCGGACUGGAACGUUCAUCGUGAUCGAUAUUCUUAUCGACAUCAUCCGAGAGAAAGGUGUGGACUGUGACAUCGACGUUCCAAAGACCAUCCAGAUGGUGAGAUCCCAGCGGUCAGGGAUGGUGCAGACGGAGGCCCAGUACCGGUUUAUUUACAUGGCCGUGCAGCACUACAUCGAAACGCUACAGCGCAGGAUCGAGGAGGAACAGAAGAGCAAGAGGAAAGGACACGAGUACACCAACAUUAAGUACUCCUUAGCGGACCAGGCCAGCGGAGACCAGAGUCCUCUUCCACCGUGUACCCCGACCCCGACCUGUCCUGAGAUGAGAGAGGAUAACGCCAUGAGAGUCUACGAAAACGUCGGUCUGAUGCAGCAGCAGAAAAGCUUCAGAUGAGAUGACCUGAGAGGGCUUCCUGGCGGGGAAGGCGAAACCGAAAUACCCAUAUUUUUUUUAUAAGAAAGUGAAGUUGAAGCGACUUGAGAAGCGUCCCCACGCCGAGUGGACUUUGACAGCUGCAUAGAGCCUCUUUAUAUUUAUGGUGUUUUAACCCUUCAAGUAAUAAGCAGAACUUAAAAAGACCACCUGUCACCGAAAACCCUUCCUGCCUUUGCCCUCAAAAUGUCUGAUUUCUACAAUGGCUGAUUUUAUUUUAACCUUUUUUUUUGUUUUUGGUUUCCCUUCUUGAACGUCACGGUUCUUUUGCCACCAGCACAGACCAAUACUCUGUUGUACUUGAACGUUUGCCCCCUCUCUUCUCUCUCUCUUUCUCUCUCUCUCUUUUCUGGAUUUUAGAAGUUUUUAAGCUCUAUCCAAUCAGAUUUCUUUUUUUAAAAAAAGAAUUUUUCAUGCCCUUAAAAAACAAAAACAGAGAAGUAAGUUGGGUAAAAAACUCAUGCUUUGGGGGGAGCAAAAGGGUCACGCUAAUCGUAAGCUUGUUCCUCUUCUGCUUUUCCUCCGCCCCCCCCCCAGGCCCUGCUUCCAGGGAACCGCCAACGACCAUCCCUUGAACAGCAGGGCCUGUCGAUCGCUAAUUUGAUCAAGCACCUAGUCCUCAUGGUGUUCCAUGUCUGUUCUCAAAACGGAGACGCUUUUCUAUAACUUCCAAUAAUGUGUUUUUUUUCCACCAAAUGGAAGCAGUUUGCCCCUGGGGCUGCUGCCUGGUUGUUCCCUGAUGGGUUGGGGGUGAGUGAGGGGGAAGUCUUGGCUUUAUUCUAAUGGUGGUGGGGGGUCUGUUGGGGGUGGUAGUGAUGUGGCUCAGGAAUUGGGGGAGUGUCUUAGGAGAAGUAACCCAGCCUCUCUGCCUGUUUACCGAAGGCGCGUACGGGGAGUCACCUCCUUCCACGUGGCCUUCUCAUGACCAUCCCUUGGCGGGUCCAGCCAGCUGCUCCGUCAGGUGGGAACAUUGGGGUGCUAAAUGGAGCCCUGGAACGAUCUGGCUGGCCUCUCCUCCCAUUCAUAGAAUCAUAGAAUAGCAGAGUUGGAAGGGGCCUCUGAGGCCAUCAAGUCCAACCCCCUGCUCAAUGCAGGAAUCCACCCUAAAGCAUACUUGACAGAGGGUUGUCCAGCUGCCUCUUGAAGGCCUCUAGUGUGGGAGAGCCCACAACCUCCCUAGGUAACUGAUUCCAUCGUUGUACUGCUCUAACAGGAAGUUUUUCCUGAUGUCCAGCCGGAAUCUGGCUUCCUUUAACUUGAGCCCAUUAUUCCGUGUCCUGCACUCUGGGGGGAUCGAGAAGAGAUCCUGGCCCUCCUCCGUGUGACAACCUUUUAAGUAUUUGAAGCGUGCUCUCCUGUCUCCCCUCAGCCUUCUCUUCUCCAGACUCAACAUGCCCAGUUGUUUCAGCCUCUCCUCCUGGGGCUUUGUUUCCCUGCCUGUCUCCUUAAAGAAGGGCAAGCAGCCGGGUUUUUGUGGCCGCUGCCGAGUCCUUCGCGUUGCACGGCGGGCGCUCUCGCUUGGCCUUGCCUUAGAAGGGCCGGGCGGGUUGCAAAGGCUACUUAACCGCGUGUUCCGUUCAGUUAGACGUUCUGUCGCGCUCUGCCUUCUUUCAAGUGCCUUUCUGCCCCCCCCCCCAAAGCUGGGUCCCUUCCUGGCCAGGUUUCUUCCUCUGUCCCACCCCACAAGCAGCUUCUCCUGCAGAGGUGUCACUGAGCUUCUCUGACUGGGUCUCUCCUCCGCGCUGGAAGCCUCAGCCAUGUUUCCAUCCUGCAGAAACCAGCCCUCCGGUGUGCCAGGACCGCCUUGGUUGGCUGCUAGCAGGCGGGUCCGUGCGUCGUGCCGGGAUCCCGGCAGCGGGCCCAGGCCGCCUCCCUGCGGCUUUUACGCAGGCGGUGUCAGAGGUGUUCUCGAAGGGCUGCCGUUCCCUCCGGGCCCAGGCGGACGGGCGAACCCCUGCGCUUGCGGUGUGGUGCGGGAGCUGGCCGCUUAGGUUAGUGAAGUCUCUCUCGUGGGAGCCAGAAACCUAACGCAAAGGCAGCGCCGUGACAUUUGGCCUCUCGUGGCCUGGGCUGUGUGUACGUCGUGCUUAAAUAUCAUAAAAUAAAAACGCUGCACCUAGGAAA